CGAAUCCAGGUACAUGUAUAACGUGCAGCAGACAGCUGGAUGAUCGUGUACCAUGCAGCAGCACAAAAGCUUCACCACCAUCCGCUCCUCCCAUCACAGAUUGACCCAGCAACCCCGGAGCGUUAUACGAUUAAUCCGCGCCGAGCGCACAGGCAAGCCCUGAGGUAGUUAUUGGGCCGCACUCUGGUCUUACAGAAGAGUCGUUCGGCUCUACUGGAUCAAUAAGCACAGCAAUCGGACAAGCGCUCUAGCGUGGGAAGGAGGACAAACAAGCGUCAGCAUGGGUAUCAAAGGUUUGACCAGUCUGAUAUCGGACGAAGCACCGAGUGCGAUCAAGGAGCGUGACUUCAAAUCCUACUUCGGUCGCAAAGUCGCCAUUGAUGCCAGUAUGAGCCUGUACCAGUUUCUCAUUGCUGUGAGGCAGAGCGAUGGGCAACAAUUGAUGAGCGACACUGGAGAGACGACCAGUCAUCUCAUGGGUUUCUUCUACCGAACGCUUCGAAUGAUAGACGGAGGCAUCAAACCUAUGUACGUGUUUGAUGGUAAGCCUCCAGACCUCAAAUCUAAAGUUCUCGAAGCUCGUUUUGGCAAGCGGAACGAAGCAGCAGACCAAGCAGAGGAGGAAAAGGACAUCGCGACGGAGGAGCGCGCAGACCAGCUUGCACGGAGACAAGUCAGACCUACGAGACAACACAACGAAGAAGUCAGGGAAUUGCUGAAGCUCAUGGGCAUCCCUUGCAUCACUUCACCUUCCGAAGCUGAGGCUCAGUGCGCCGAAUUGGUCAAAGCCGGCAAGGUGUUUGCGGCCGGAUCAGAAGACAUGGACACCUUGACUUUUGGGACGCCCAUCUUGCUCAAACACUUGACCUACUCCGAAGCGAAGAAGAUGCCAAUCCACGAAGUGCAUCUGGAAGAGGCGAGAGAAGGCCUUGGCUUGACCAUGGAUCAGUUCAUCGACCUGUGCAUCUUGUGCGGCUGCGACUACAUGGAGCAAAUGAAGGGCAUUGGACCCAAGACGGCUCUGAAACUCAUCAAAGAGCACGAGAACCUGGAAGGAGUCAUGUCGCACAUCGAAGACGAGACCGCGGAGAAGCAAAAGGAUGGCAAAAAGUCAAAAUAUGGUGUGCCUGAGAUCUGGCCUUACAAGGAAGCGCGGGAAAUUUUCAAACAUCCAGACGUACACAAGGGUGCCGAGCUGGACUUGAAUUGGGAGAAGCCUGAUGUAGAGGGUCUGGUCAAGUUCCUGUGCACCGACCGAGGCUUUAGUGAGGAUCGAGUGAGAAAAGGGGCGGAACGGUUGACCAAGGCCAUUGGCCAAAAGCAGCAAGGACGACUAGAAAGCUUCUUCGGAGCUGUACCGAAACGUAAAGCAGAGGAUUCGCAGGAGGACAAGAAGGGCGCAAAGAAAUCCAAGGCCACUCCUGCCAAGGGUAAGAAAAAAUGAUCUGACCAAGUUACGCAGGGCGAGCGACGUUCAUUUGUUGUACACGUAGUCAUCAACUCUUUGCAAAAUCAGAGUCGCCCCUCAUGCGUUUUGAGCAGAUCGCGACGACGUGUGUCUCUAUACGGGACCUGCAGAGAGUGCCUGUGCUGCGCUUCAGCUCAAUCGUGAAGCUGCACA